AUGACACUUCUCUCGGAUAUUAUCUCUGCAUCGGCACAUUUAACCAACUCUAAUCAGCUACCCAGCGAUGAGUAUGACCGUCGGAUCCGCGAGCUAGUUGAAUACUUCAGGCGAUUACAAUCCACUAAAGCUCUCGACUCACUUGCCAGUGACAAGUCUGUUUUUGAUCAUUUUGACCCAGCAAUAAAUUCUAUCCCAUAUCUUUUCUUGCUACAUGUGCAAAUACAAAAGGCGCAGGAACCAAACACCAAUGCAGUUCCAGCUGAUCUUCACCCCUCUGGAAAUCUAUGGACACAUGCUGCACAUUUUUUGGCGAGUUUCAAUGAGGUCCAGGUCAGAUACGCUGGGCGAGAAUGGCGUCUUCUGGUUGAGCUCGUGGGGCAAGCCUCGCAAGCUGCAUCAAUGCCACUGCUAGGCGCUACGCUAAUUAAAGACGCCAUGCUUCGUCUCGACCCAUCGUGUGCCGUUUUCACAUCAAGUCACCUUUUACUUGUCCGGCUUUGUCUCCAGGCCAAAGCAUAUUCGUGUGCGUUGCCUGUCUUGAAUAAGCAGAUUUGUCAUUUCCCAAUUCCGGUGGGGCGUUCCUCUUCAGAGCCUUCCGUGCUCUGUGCGGAUCACGGGUCAGCUGUAUCCUUUAUGACUGAAGCUGCCGGGUUCUCAUCUAAGCUGUCUUAUCGAGAAUACCUGCAAUACUUUCUUUAUGGAGGUAUGGUAUACAUGGCGUUAAAAAAGUGGCGCAAUGCACUUCAUUUCCUUGGGAUUGUCAUAUCUACGCCAAGUACUAGCUCUGUCAGCUUGAUUAUGGUGGAGGCCUACAAAAAAUGGGUACUGGUAGGUCUACUCGAAAAGGGCAAGCUCUGUUCGCCUCCGAGCAUCACAGCACCUCAUGUGACAAAAGUGUAUCAAUCACUCGCGAGACCCUACAUCAUUCUUGCUCGUGCAUUUGAACGUAGUGAUUUGAAGAGACUGAAUGCCGAAAUUGAUGCUGCCAAGGGAGUCUGGUGCGCGGACAAUAAUGUCGGUCUCGUUUCCCAGGUAGUGGGUGCUUUCUUCAGUCAGACCGUUAUCAAGCUUGGCAAGACUUUUGCAGCUUUAACGGUAGCCGACCUAUCAAAGCAAGUGUUCCCCUCUCCAGUGUGUGCAGAAGUCACUGGGUCCGCUGUUUCAUCCCUCAUCAUGUCUCGCGCUUUGAACGCGACAUUGGUGCAGACCAAAGAUCAUGCUGGGUCUUCUAUGCUGAGGUUCUCAUCCAUACAUUCAUUGCCUCGACUCUCUCGUGAGUUAGACUUACAGUCCCAACUCGGGCAGGAGAUGAGGCUGAUGGAGACACUGGUGAUUAACCUUGGGGAAACCAAUAAUAAUUUGGCAUUAAGUGAUGAAUAUGUCGAUAGCCUGAAUAAGGGUCAGGCUUGGUCAGGCUCUAGUGAAGUCAAUCCCAUUUCAGUGGAGGAGGGUGGACUUGACAUGGAUGAAGAUCUAAUGGGUGACAUGUCCUAA